AUGCCGCUUGUCAUUCUCACCGGAUACCCCUGCUCCGGUUUGACCUAUCGAGCCAAACAACUCGCCUCGCUAAUUGAGAAGGCGCAAGAUGAGCUAUUCGCAUCCACCGAGCCAGGCUCACCAGCCUUGCUGAAGUCGCGAUACAAAGUCCAUGUCGUACCUUCCCAUGACAAGUCGCAUCCAAGGAUUGUCUACGAUCAUGCUAGAACCGAAAAGGAGGCCCGAGGCGUAGCGUAUGCGCGGGCGAAGCGUGUGCUAGCGCGCGACAGCAUCGUCAUUCUAGAUGGAAUGAAUUACAUCAAGGGGUGGAGGUACCAAUUGUGGUGUGAGGCCAAGGCUUCCAACACCACUUGCUGUGUCGUUCAUAUCGGAACACCCGUCGAUCAGUGCGUCGCAAACAAUGACGCUCGGCUGCGCCGGGACGAAGCUGCACAAAAGGAUGUUGAAUCAUCCGAGGAGGCACAAUCAACUUCCACGGAUGAUACCACACCGAAGCCAGACGAGUCCAGCGAGGACGAUGAAGAAGCCUACCCACCAGAGCUCCUCAACAACCUCAUCUUCCGCUACGAGGAACCCAGCACACACAGCCGUUGGGACAAACCACUCUUCACGGUGCCCUGGUCCGACCCGGAGCCCCCAGUAGCAGAAAUUUUCCAAGCUCUCUCGGGCGUGGUCCUCCCAUCAGCCGAAACUCCCACUGAAACACCAGUCUCCAACCUCACCAGCUCACUCGCCUCGUCCACCCUCUCUGACCUCGCCAGCACCACGACAACAGGCCGAGCCUUCAACCGCAGCGGGUCCACCCGCCCAAAGAUCAUCCCCCACCAAGCCACCGUGCAAGCCGUAGCAACAGACUCCGGCGCCCUUUACGCAAUGGAAAAACGCACGACGGCAGUUGUAAAUGCCAUCCGCGCAUUUACACAGGCCAACCCUUCCGCCGAGGUCGCUUUGGCGCAGAGCACGCAUCAAAGGGGCAUCGCCAUCGACGUUCCAGACGUGUCUAUCCCAGUACUCAUCCCCACUCACGUCGCCACGACCGGUACGACGGAUGAAUUAGCCGGUGCAGGUGGAAUCCUAGCGUUGCCAAAGUUGCAGCGUAUGCGGCGGCAGUGGAUUAGUCUCAACCGGAGAUAUAUCGGUCAUGGACACGGUACGGGACAAGGUUCUUUGGCCCCGGAACGGGUGGGAGAUGCGUUUGUGCGGUUCCUGAACCAUGAGUUUGGGGGUAUCGAGAACACGGAUGUGUAA